GGGUAGAGGGGGGGGCAAGAAGGAGAGCAGAGCGUGGAAUAUUUCGUUAAAUAUUUCAUUUAAACAGGGGGGGGGGGGGUGGGCACAUAAAACAAAGCAUUGAAAAAAAAACUAAAUGAUGAACGAAGCAAAGUGCCGACUACACCGAGCAUCUUCUUGUUUCCUCUGAUCGUGAAAAAAAGAGAGAGGUGGGACACGGGAGAGAGGACAGAGAAGCGAUCAGAGAGAGAGAAAGAGGGAGAGAGACGGGGACCAGGGUCUCGGAUCAAGGAGCAAGUGGGGUUUCUGGUGUUUAUGGUCGGACGCAAGACCAGGGACAGAUCACAAGGUCCCAGGGAGUGUAGGGACACCAGGGAGAGGAAGUGAGGGGGAGGAGAGGAGAAGAAGGAGAGCCAGGGACCAGAGGGAGGAGACAUGGACACGGGGGAGCUGGGAAGGGUCGACGGAAGGGCAUUCAAGCAGCAGCAGGGAAGCCGCGGUGGGGCUGUGAGGCCGCGUUGCGCCGCCGGGCUCGGCAGCAGCACCCGCGCGGCGCUCACGGACUCGGGCUCCUGGCUCCUGCUGCUGGAGGAUGCGGAGUCGAACCGGUCGCGCGGACCUCCGGGGCUCGCGGACGGCAAGGGGAAGCGACGGAGAGCGCGGCCCAUGCACGCCUCCACCCUCUCGCUUGGGGGCUCGUCGCUGGGACAGGAGUUCCGCACCAGUCAUCGCCAUUUCUACUCCGGCAGAAGCUGGGAUGAGCGUCCUUUGCCGGCCCAGCCACGACCGGGAAUGUUUCCAUCUCUGCACCACCACUCCAGCGUUCAGCUGUCGGCCGGGCUACCCGAUCAACCUCCACGCACCCACAACUGGGAUGAGUUCAGACCCAAGCAGCUCACCUUGUACCACGUGCUUCGGCGAGCUGGCAUCAAAAACUGGCAGCACAACACGACCGGCGUGGACAUGUGGACGGUGACCACCCCACAGCGGUGGGCACCUCCGUACCGCACCACCUACACGGUGAUGCACAGCCACGGCGAUACGCCGGUUCGCACGACAAGCGCAGGCCUUCCUCUCCCACGGCACCAGCACAACAUCCUCACGGGAGAGGUGGUUUCUGGGAAACCCACCCGGCAGACGCAGAGGGUGUCGGGCAACAUCAUCCUGCAACAGCAGAGGCUGCACACGAGGCAGGAGCCGUCUGGCGACCAGUCCUAAUGGUCUAGGCCAGCAGGACAGCUGAGGAACGCUCAGCCAUGCCAAUGGCACUUGCACUUUAUACCUUUAUUGAAAAAUCCAAGAGCUGCUUUGCCAAUACCACAUUUUGAGACAGGAGGACGUAGACAAUGUAACAUUCACGAAACGUUUAAUGUGAUGCGAUAAAUGCUUAAUAAAAAAAAAACCUUUAACAAC